UUUUGUUAGCUUGUGAUCGUCUGCAAUAUUCGCGAUAUUUAUAUCUUUUUUGUGUUUUGAUAAAAAAAAUGGAGAAAAAUAAUCAAAAAGAUAAAAGAAAGGUUUCGAGAACAUGGAAUAGAGAGGAGAUAAGGAAACUGAUUGAACUUUACGAAAUGAGAGUUGACCUUUGGAAUCCUUCUUCUCAAAAUUACAUGAAUCGAAAUAUUAAGCAAACACUGCUCUCAGAAAUUGCAAAUGAGCUGAACGUUAGUUCAAAAGACGUGUCCGCAAAAUGGCAUGCUUUAAGAACUCAGUUCAAUAGAGAGUGCAACAAAGAACGAACACUCAAAAGCGGCUCUGGAGCUGAUGAGGCUUACAUCUCGAAAUGGGAAUAUAAGUCUUCUUUGCGAUUCUUAAACGUGAAUACAAUGUCAGGGGCAACCGUAUCAACAUUGGACUUGAAUGAAUUGUCAUCCACUGGACCUAUCGAAAAAUUAGCUGAAUUCGAUAUCAAUGCUGCUAUCGUUUUGAGUUCCGAUUCGUCCGAUACUAAUGAUAAUCAAUAUGAUGUACCGUCUUGCUCAAAUAACAAACGGCGUAUUGAACAUUCGAGUAAGAGAAAAAAAUCCAACUCACAGUCAUCUGAUGAAAAUGUUUUAAUGCAAAAAGCAUUGGAAGUUAUGAGCCAUACAAACGACGAACUUGAUGUCUUCGGUCAAUUCAUUGCCAGUGAAAUGCGUCAAAUUAGCGACUUAUCAAAACGAAAUUCCGUUAAGCGUGAAAUUAUGGCUAUACUAAUGAACAGUGGUAAUGAUAUGCUGAUAACAACAACUCAAUUGCAGCCGUUUACGGUUUGCAACAAUAUAAGUCCUAUCGAUAUAACAAAUUCGGAUGAAAACGAAUUCCAAUAUUGUUUUGAAUAAAUAAAAUUGCGCGAUUGAGUUCGACCACGACCUUUCCCAUUUAAAAAGAUCCUAAAUAAGUACGACAUAUACAAACCAUUUCAACUUUUAUUUUGUUUAUAUUGUUUUUCAAAACCGAUGAGCCAUUUGCAAGUGUGUUCAAAAUGUAUUUACAUAGAAUGAUUGUUUACAGCCAAAUAAAAUUAUUUAUUCAACAUUAA